GCCAGAUUGCACUUGAGAUUGCAUCAUGCCGGACGAUGGAGGUCUCGCAGGCGACCUCGUCCAGCGCAUCGCCGAGUGCCUCGAGACGUCGGCCGACAUGCGCGCGUACGUGCUUGCAAUGCCACUCGCCGCGCUCACGCCGCCGCUCGCAGCGCUGCGUCGGCUCUACGAGGCGCUGGAUGCGCGCGAGUUCACGGUCCCAAUUGACGACGCCUUUUACCCGCAGCGCAUCUCGCUUUGGCCGCAGCUGCGUGUGCCGCGGUCGAUCCCGCGCGCUUGGCUUCAAGAUGCACUCACAUCGGCGCUAUCUCUCUACCCGUGGGUCGUUCAGGAGAGUGCCGACAUCCCGCUUCCGUUCGCACUGCGCCCACAGACCAAAAUCAAGCUGCGCACGUGUGUGACGCCCGCCCAGCUCGCGCGUCUCGACAACAGGCGCAACCUCUGCGCCCUGGACCUUCUCUUGGUCCAGACUACCGACCACGUAUCGCUCGUUGAGCUUUUCCGCGACCUGCCGGCCGUCCAGUGUGUCUCGGUGCUCUGGCGACAAAAGCCAACGACCACCGUCGUAGCCGAUGCGCUGGAAGCGAUCGCCACGUCCACGUCCAUUCAAACGCUGGUGUGGACCAUGUCGCUCACGGCGGGUAUGUGGGACGAGGCGUGCCGCGAACUCUGGGCCGGCUUCUUAUCGUCGGCGCCGCUGAGUAGCGUGAGCUUACGCGGCUUGACUGCUGCGCCUAUGGCCGCGACGGCUGCGACCGCGCUCGUUGCGAACACGACCCUCGCUAGCCUCGAGCUGCACGACGCCGGUGUCAUCGCGGCGGUCUUUGCGCUCGCGUCGUCCGUACCGUCGCACUGGACGUCGUUGCGCCUGCACGGUGUGGCCACCGACGAUCUGCCGCCAAUCGCGUCGGCGGUGACAGCCGCAAGGAUACGACACCUCUCGAUCGAUCUGCAGCCGGGCAACAUCGCUGUUGACGAAGACGAGCGCCAUGGGUCUGCUAUCCUGGCAAUGCUAUCGUCUCUGCAGUGUCUGCAGUCGCUCGACCUGUCAUCGAUGCUGCUGCCAAGCGUUGAGGCAGUUCUCACCGUGCUGCCGCAGCUUGCGCACCUCGGCUUGUCCGAGAACGACCUCCAUGACGACGGCGUCAUGGCCCUCGCGACCGCCUUGCAGCGCUGUCGCCGCCUCCGCUCGUUGCGCCUGCGUCGGCAAGGCUGCUCGGAUGCUGGCGCCAUCGCGCUCGCGUCAGCCUUGUCGACGACACCGUCGCUUCGGACGCUCGAUGUCUCAGGCAACUGCAUUGGUUCCAAGGGCGGCGCCGUCCUCGCCGCUGAGAUCCCGCGACUGCUCGAGGUGAACCUGAGCAACAACCAAAUUGGCUAUGAAGGCGCGUUGGCACUCAGCCGCAUGGUGCCAAGAACUGGGCACAUGGAAGGCAUCAACCUUGAAGGCAACCCGCUCUAUGUCGACGGCGUCUUGGCGAUCGUCGAAGGGGUCGCGCGGUCGCCGUACCGCGUUGGGAGUGUGCAGCUCAGCCGGACGCUGGCCAAUCCGUCGCACAUUCAAGAGUGCUUGGAUCGCAUCGGAGAGCUCCCGGACCCCGCGUGGUGUAUUUUUCUCGAUACGUAAAAUGAAUACUAGUAGUUGUUUUUGGUCUUUUGUUUUGGCUGUGAGUUUUUGAAUUUAGGUUGUAUACGACGUCUUUGUGUAAUAAUGAAGAUAACGCGGAACACG